GAGUAUCGAGCUAUCCACCAUAAUAGCAGCGGUUAAAGUAUUGUAGGAACAAUUGUUGGUGGUGUGUAAUAGCUUGUCAAGCUUGUUUUUCGACUGCAAACAGGGCUCUCGAAGCAGGGGCGAUUCUUGGACAUUGAUACUGGAGUAUUUCCUCAAUGUAUAAAUAGAUCGACCAGUGCGACUCAUUUUCUCAUUUCCUCUUCUCCUCAUUCUACAUUGUCGACUUACACAAUGACAUCUCGCCAACUUGCCUCCUUUUCAAAGACUCUCAUAAACAGAACAAUGGCAACUCAAGCAGCUGGAAAAGGAAGAGCCGCCGGCACAAAAGAUUGGUCAGCUGCCCAGUAUCUCAAGUUCGCUGAGCAACGCACUCGACCCUCGCGCGAUCUUCUUGCUCAAGUGCCCCUGGCCUCUCCGAAAACUAUCAUAGACAUUGGAUGUGGUCCUGGCAACUCAACCGAGGUGCUUGCUAAGCAGUGGCCGAAUGCCCAGAUUUCGGGCAUCGAUUCGUCGCCGAACAUGAUUGAAACGGCACGCAAAGCACUUCCCAAUCUACAAUUUGCUGUGGCAGAUCUAUACGACUAUACCCCAGAAGGACCGGUUGAUCUCCUCUUUUCCAAUGCGGUUUUCCAAUGGAUCAAGUUCGAGGAUCGAAUGCCCAUUAUCAAACGGCUGAUUGAGUCUCUAAAGCCUGGAGGCGUCUUUGCGUUUCAAGUGCCUGAUAACUACACAGAGCAAUCUCAUGAAGCGAUGCGUUCAGUGGCCGAAAAUGGUCCUUGGUCAGAAACUCUGUCACGCCUGAAGCCAUCUCUUGGGCCUUUCCAGACCCCUUUCGAGCUAUACAACGAGUUGAAGCCACUGUGUUCAUCAGUAGACAUUUGGCAUACAAACUACCAGCAUCCGCUGGAUGGCCAUGAGGGCAUUGUUGAAUGGGUUAAAGGUACAGGACUGAGGCCAUUCAUUGAUCCACUCAGUCCAGAGCAGAGGGAAGGCUUUCUGGCGGCGUAUCUGAGCAAACUUGAAGAGCUAUAUCCUUCCUGCGACGAUGGAUCAGUGCUAUUGCGAUACCCUCGUCUAUUUUUGGUUGCCGUUCGUUCUUGAGGCAAUCACAUGGUGUUAUUUAUUUACAACCGUACAUAUGAUCU